GCAAAUAUCCCUUAGCAAUUAUUUCUCUUCAACUAGACCAGAGCAAAAGUGUGUUUUAUAUACUCUUUUGUUCACUUCACUUUCUGAGUUCAAUUGCUGUCUCAGUCAAAUGGGGGAUGAGACCAAGGUGGUUUUGUUGGGUUCAGGGUUCAGUAUGUUUGGGAUGAGAGCUAUGAUAGCUUUGGCAGAGAAAAGAAUUGAAUAUGAGUACAUGGACCAAGAUCUUACCAACAAGAGCCCUUUGCUUCUGGAAAUGAACUCAAUUCACAAGAAGAUCCCAGUUCUCAUACAUCAUGGGAGACCCAUCUGUGAGUCCCUCAUAAUUGUUGAGUAUAUUGAUAUGGUUUGGAAGAACAGUGCUCCAUUGCUUCCCACUGAUCCCUAUCAAAGAGCACAAGCCAGGUUCUGGGCUGAUUUUGUAGACCGCAAGGUGUAUCAUGAUUCAAGGAGAAUAUGGACUUCAAAGGGAGAUGAACAAGAGGUGGCAAAGAAAGGCUUCCUAGAGAGCUUAAAGCAAUUGGAGGAGGUUCUUGGAGACAUGCCUUAUUUUGGGGGUGACACCUUUGGGUUUGUUGAUAUUGCUCUCAUCCCUUUCUAUUGCUGGUUUUAUACGUACGAGACCUUUGGCAACUUCAAAGUGGAGGCAGAGUGUCCAAAACUUAUCUCAUGGGCUCAGAGAUGCACGAAGAAGGAGAGUGUAUCUAAAACACUGGCAGAUGAGAAGGAGGUUUAUGAGUCUGUUUUGGAUUACAAGAAGAAAUUUAUGGACUAAAGGGCAUAGAAAACGCAUGUUUCUAAGCACAGCGUAUUUGCAUCAGUUAAGCGAGUCACAAGUGCAUUUGCAUGAUAUCAUAUUGAUCACAUAUAGUUUGGGUUAGUGCUAACAAUUACCAUUGGACACUGAGGCUUGUGAACAACAAGAAUUAACUACAUGGUUCUAGCCUUGUAAGCGUCGUGUUUUUUAUCACACAAAUUCCUGUUGUGGCUUCACGACUUGUAAAUUUCCAACAUGAAGACUUCAUAGCCUUUGUGGCUUUGUGCACAUAGCUUUCUUGUCCAAUAUACUUCUUGUUAUGCCUAUAAUAUGGUUUUAUAUAA